AUGGGCCUCCGCCGCUGCACCACUGUGAUCGCAAACCUGCUAAUCCCAGUGGGCAUCCUCAUCUUUUCCUCGGGCUUCUUCCCAUACAAACCACUAAUCCCAGGACUGGCGACCUUGGAGGCGGAUGACGUGGCACCUGCAAUCUUUGACAAGGUCAUCUUUAUGGUGGUGGACGCACUACGAAGCGAUUUUGUCUAUUCGAAUCACUCGGGGUUCCAGUUUACGCAAAGCCUGAUUCGUUCUGGCGCGGCUGUACCGUUCACGGCGUAUGCAAGUUCCCCAACCGUCACCAUGCCUCGAUUGAAAGCCAUCACCACCGGGUCCGUCCCAUCGUUCUUAGACGUCAUUCUGAACAUUGCAGAAUCGGACACUUCGUCCACGUUGGCAUACCAGGACACAUGGCUAGCCCAGUUGAAAGCCACAGGAGGACGGCUUGUCAUGUACGGGGAUGACACCUGGCUGAAGCUGUUCCCCGGGAUGUUUGACCGCGCCGACGGAACCACGAGCUUUUUCGUGUCGGAUUUCACGGAAGUAGACCAUAAUGUGACUAGGCAUGUUUCCAACGAGCUUUCCCAGGAUGACUGGUCUGCCUUUAUUAUGCAUUACCUGGGACUCGAUCAUAUUGGACACAAAGCUGGACCCAAAAGCCCCUUUAUGGUCCCCAAACAGCAGGAAAUGGAUGGUGUGGUGCAGGAGGUCUAUACCGCGAUGCAACGGCAACAGCACCUCCAAUCCACCCUCCUCGUCCUAUGUGGAGACCAUGGCAUGAAUGAAGCCGGCAACCAUGGCGGGUCAUCCGCUGGUGAGACGUCGCCCGCGUUGCUCUUCAUGUCGCCUAAAUUUGAGACACUCGGUAGCAGAGCAAGCCCCGUGGAACCAUCGGGAGACAUGGUAUACUAUCAAAGGGUUGAGCAAGCCGAUAUUGCCCCAACUUUGGCCGGUCUAUUAGGAGUUCCAAUCCCUUUGAACAGUCUGGGUGUAUUCAUCCCGGAUUUCCUGGAAAUGUGGAGUGAGAGUUCUGACCAGAUUCGCAUUCAAUAUCAGAAUGCGAAACAGCUGCUGAAUACCCUGACGACUACUUUCCCGGGAUCUGUCUUCAAGCCUGCCAGUAUAGAGUCUUGUGGUAAGGCCUCAUCCGGCAUGGAAGGUGCCCAAUGUGCGUGGGCUCAGGUCCAACAUGUUCUCGCCGGUGGCCCUGAAGGUGUUGCCCAUUCGGCGGCCGGUCCCGCAUUGUCGCAGUUCUCAAGGAUUGCCCAGGCUGUUAUGAGCCGCACCGCGAGUAAUUACGAUGUAUCCAGGCUCGGACUGGGGCUUCUGGUCACCGCGCUCGCGGCCUUGUUCGUUCUUCCAACUACCGUCAGGGAGUGUACGCGACAGAAACCACCGGGGUUAUUCUUGACGAUGAUAGUCAUAACCUAUGCAAUCAUGAUGUUCGCAAGCAGCUACGUGGAAGAAGAGCAGCAGUUCUGGUAUUGGAUUUGCUCCGGAUGGAUCUUCUACCUGCACAUUAAAUCACAAUCUGCCAGGCCAGGGCACACUCGCCCAAGCACCAUGUGGCCUGGAGCAUUUUCUAUUCUACUUCUCGCCGUCUGUCAACGACUUCUUAGGCGGUGGAACCAAACGGGGCAAAAGUUCGCCGCUGAGCCUGAUAUCGCGCACACCUUCUUUGGGCGUCAUCCGGAGGUCUUUUGGCUUCUUCUUGCUCUAACGUACCUCGACGCCGGUUUCCGUCUUGUGCGUAAUGCGCGCCUCCCAGCGCUCGCCAGACUAGGCGCGCUGGCUCCCGCUGUCUUGGCCUUCACUUUCAAGCUACAUUUUGUGGCAUCGGAAUCCCCCGAACUGCUGGAGGGAACAUUCCUCUCCCGUGUUGUGGGUGGCUGGCUCUAUAGUGUGUCCCUGGUGCUCCAUGCCAGACUUGUGUUUGGUGGCCUCGCUGCCAUUGCCCUGCUAGCACUUUUUGGUCGCAAACCCUCUCACUCUGCCCAAGGUAGGUUGGCCUCGCUGAUAUACUGUCUACCCAAGAGUGCAAUGCUGAUCAAGACUACAGCAACGCGCGAAAGCAUUCAUGCAGCCUUGCAUGUCUUCCUUAUGACACAGUCUCGUGCCACGAAUGUGCCCCUCUUCCUUCUUUUCCGAGUCACUGCCCGAAUGAUCGUUGCCAUGAACCUCACCGGGUUUGAAGUCACCAUCACCACUUUGAUCUUUCAAUACAUGACCUUCUUCGCCUUCGGUGGCUCGAACGCCAUUUCCUCGGUCGAUUUGGCGAGUGCUUACAAUGGUGUUGGGAGUUACAAUGUCGCCCUGGUGGGUGUCUUGACCUUUGUGAGUAACUGGGCGGGCCCUAUCUGGUGGGCUUCGCAGGGUCACCGCUUGCGAUCCCAGAGUGCCCACGACGCCUCCGCCCUACUGACCUUCCAUGUCGCCAUGUCCAUGAUCUCUGUCAUGGCCGCCUGCACUGCGCUUCGGACCCAUUUGUUCAUCUGGACGGUCUUUUCGCCGAAAUACCUCUACAGUAUGGCGUGGGCACUUCUCAAUCAUGCCGCUAUCAACUUACUCGCCGAGGUGUUGUUCUCUCGAUCUCGACAUCAUAUUUCAUAG